UGUUCUGUCUUUACAGCAGACUGGACUUUAUGAGUAUAAAGUGUUUGGGGUUCUGGAGGACUGCCCGCCGGCUCUACUCGCGGACGUCUAUAUGGACUUAAGCUACAGAAAACAGUGGGACCAAUAUGUGAAAGAACUCUAUGAAAAAGAAUGCGACGGCAAGACCGUGGUCUACUGGGAAGUGAAAUACCCUUUCCCUAUGUCCAACAGAGAUUAUGUCUACAUCCGGCAGCGGCGAGAGCUGGACGUGGAAGGACGGAAGAUCCAUGUGGUCCUGGCCCGGAGCGCCUCCGUGCCGCAGUUUGCCGAGAGGCCAGGCGUGAUCCGGGUGAACGGGUACAAGCAGAGCCUGGCGAUCGAGAGCGAUGGCAAGAAGGGCAGCAAAGUUUUCAUGUAUUACUUCGAUAACCCGGGUGGCCAAAUUCCGUCCUGGCUCAUUAACUGGGCUGCCAAGAAUGGAGUUCCUAACUUCCUGAAAGACAUGGCAAAAGCCUGUCAGACCUUCCUCAAGAAAACCUAAGAAAGGCGACUGGAAACCUGGUGUCCGUGGAACGACGUCUCCGCAAGUGCCACAACCCACGAGUUCUCAGCUUUCCUUUCAGUUUCCCGUGUUCAGAGGUGGCACGCUCUCCAGCGUGGCAGCCCUGAGUGUGUGUGUGACGCCCCGGCUUCCUCUCCCCCUUUCUCCACCCCAGAACCGGCUGCUUUCUUCCACUAUUGAAUAGGCGACAGAUUAGGGAAACUUCUGUUUGUUUGUUUUUCAAAAGGGAAGCCCUCCUUAGGGAACACAGACAUUCCAUUGUGCCAUUUUUUUAGGGGGAUGGGUGGGUGGAAGAGUGACAACAAAAUGCAAGAAUGACCCAUCCCACCUAGCUGGCUCCAGCCCACAAUGGGAUUUCUUGCAACUCAGGAGGGGCUGCUAGAAGUUGCGUUCCCUUCCGACUUGCCUCUCAGUGCACCCAGACUGGAAAGCUGUGUUGAUGUCCAUUUGCCUUAAGCUUUGUGGCUUGAUUUGGCUGGGAGUUGAGGUGAUAAUCCAGUAAGUCUCUGCUCAUUCCCACUUGUGGAGGAUCAGAAGCUGUUUUGAUUUCAAACCACUUUGAAAAACACUGUAGGCCUGACUGAGUCCAUCAUGUGAUAACCAUUUUUGGCUUAUCAUCCAUGUCUGGGUUUUUCUCUUUCCUGUAUGCCACUGGGAAAAGACUGUCCAUACCUCAUCAGCUCUGCAUUUUACUGGAAGCUGAGGCCUCAGGAUGGCUCUGGUAGUCAGCAGAAGCCGAGAUGCUUUGCGCACAGCGCUAUGAUAAAGUGUCUUUCAUUAUUAUAUGCAAUAAGAUGAAUUUCCCUUCUAGAAUGUUUGGAGAUGUUGAAGAGAUAAUAGUCCGCAGCCAGGGAAAUUCUAAUUAGUGGUCUGGUUGACUCUACACUUUUUCCUCAGGAAUUCUACCUACGUUGUCUGCCUCUUCCACCACCAAAAGACUUCUGGUUUCCCAUGUUUUCUCCUGAAUUUUGGUAGGGCAAGAUAUUCUGUGGCACAGCCUCAAUGAUCUCAGGGAAACAUUUUAACCACUAUGUGACGGUACCAAACCUUGAUUAAUGGGCAUAGAAAUUCAGGAUGUGAAGCCAGAAGCAGGGGACUUAUUAAAAUGAGAUACCUCAGACUGUAUGUUUUCUCUCUGGGAAGCAAAGUGUGUUGAACACCAAAUAAAAACAGAGUGGCUAAUA